AUGACACAUCAGCAGCAGCAGCAGCAGCAGCAGCAGCAGCAGCAGCAGCAGCAGCAGCAGCAGCAGCAGCAGCAGCAGCAGCAGCAGCAGACGCCGCAGCCGCCACCUUUACAGCAGCUGUUCCCUCCAGUGAGUGGCCUUCGGGCCCUUGGUCUUCCUUCCUCUCCUCCUGUCCACUCCCAGUCACCUACUGCGUACGGUCCUACGUUUCCUCCUCCGGACUCGACUCCGGCUGUUUUCUCUCCUCCUAAGUCACGGUCGUCUCCUCCUGUUGUUCCGCACGACUGGACCAGUCGUUGUCCUCCGCGUGCUCGGCCCUCGUCUCUUUUUGCCGACCUCUGCACUGUCUUGUUUCGUUCUCCUCCUCGUCGUUCUCUGCCUGUAUCUGUUCUCCCCUCACCUCCUAAGUUGUCUCUCACCGUUUCCUCUCACCCUAUCAUUGACUACUACCGGGUUGCUCACCCUGUUUUCUCUCGUGUUCUCGCCUCUCUUGUCACCGACCCUCGUGCCUCUCCGUCGUCUGUCUUGGCUCUUACUACCACUGUCGCUGACUUUGCUUCCACCCGCCGUCUUGACUACACCACGCGUGUGGUGGCUGCUCCACCUCCAUGUCCUCUGUCCGUCGGGGGUGAGUCUGCCCUUGGCUAUGACGUCAUAGAGGACAGGCAGUUUGAGCUGGAGUUCUUAGCAGCCACUUCCCCCUCUCUCUACGCCAUGCUGCUUUCCCUUGAGGGAGACCUCGACGCCCUUGACAUACCGACACCUUGCACGUACCAUGAGGCCGGUCACCUAUACGAGGAGAUCUGGCUGCGCCGUCCUCUUGGCUUCAGUGACACCUUCCCACCUGGGACCCAAUGGAGCCUGAGGUGGCCAGUCUAUGGUCUCCGCCAGUCACCCCGUGAGUGGCACGACAGUCUUCGCUUCACGCUUCGUGACCUUGUGUUCCGUCCUUUUUCUGCCGACCCGUCGCUCUUUCUUCGCACUAGUUCCACUCCUUUCUUUAUACUAGUAGCCGCUCGCACCAUCACACUGCCUCAGUCACACAUGGUGCAGCAGGUCCUUCGGCGGUUCGGGUUUCAGUUCUCCACCACACAGCCCACUCCUCUUGCCGUUGAUCACCGACUCACUUGCCCUUUUCCCUACGAGCCCUUUGAGUCUAGUGGCCCCUACGCAAAACUUGUGGGCUGCCUCAUGUACCUGAUGACUUGUACUCGGCCGGACAUCGCCUUUCCCCUCAACGUCCUCUCUCGCUUUGUUGUGAUUGGGAGAUACCUUCAAGUUCACUGGACAGCUGCUGUGAGGGUGGCGAAGUACCAGGCGACUACAUCAGGCAUGGGGCUUGUGCUUGGAGGGACACAACCAGUUGUGUUGACCGGUCACUACGACUCUUCCUACGCUGACGACGUGGAGACUCAGCACUUGACUCGGGGUUACUGCUUCAAUCUGGGUGCUGGUGUUGUGUCGUGGAGGUCUACACGGUCGUUGUCUGUGGCUACGUCCAGUGCAGAGGCAGAGAUCUACGCUGGUGCCAUGGCGGCAUAG